UCCAAACAGAUUUUGCCUUAUCCCCCCAAAAUCUUUUUUUGAUUUUAAAAUGCCCAUACGUGAUGCGCCUUCUCUCUACCGCCAUCCCAAUUCUGGAAAUGGCAGUUUGCUCAUCAAUGGAGAUUCUGUAAAUCCCAGUGGAAAACUUCACCAGGAUCGAACAGGACGAAAAAGGGUGGUUAUGGUUUUUGCAGUGUUCUUGAAAUCGCCAAACCAAUGAACCGUUUUCUCCAAAAUCAGUUGCUCCGUUCAGUCUGUAGCUUCAAUAGACCGCUUUGGAACCGGAACUGGAACUUGGAUUUCCCUUCAAGCCGUCGUGGUUUCGCCAAUGUGCCGGACUCGUGGAAAUCGAUGGCCGGUCUGGUCCGAUGUCCGGCGAACGACGUUCCUCUGUCUCCGCUGAGCUUUUUGGAGCGAACGGCCAAAGUUUACAGAGACACGACCUCGGUUGUGUACGGUUCUGUAUCGUUUACUUGGGAAGAAACCUAUAAUCGCUGUCUCAAAUUGGCUUCUGCGAUUUCCCAGCUUGGGAUUUCCCCUGGCCAAGUGGUUGCAACUUUGGCUCCUAAUGUCCCAGCCAUGUAUGAGCUGCAUUUUGCUGUUCCCAUGGCUGGUGCUGUUCUUUGCACAUUGAAUGCGCGCCAUGAUUCAUCUAUGGUUUCGGCGCUGCUGAGGCAUUCGGAAGCCAAGAUCAUUUUUGUAGAUUUUCAGUUGUUUGAAGUUGCUUGUGAGGCAAUUCAGCUUCUUGCACAAGGAGAUUCAGAAUCACCUAAGCUAGUUCUAAUUCUUGAUGCUGAACAUGGUUUAUCUCCAGCUAAUCCAUUGUCUUCGAAUGUUUGUGAAUACGAGAGUCUGAUUGCAUCUGGGAGUUGUGAGUUUGAGGUCCAAAAACCGAAAAGCGAAUGGGAUCCGAUUAGUAUAAACUACACUUCAGGCACUACAUCUAUGCCUAAAGGGGUUGUUUAUAGUCAUAGAGGUGCCUAUCUAAAUUCCUUGGCGACGGUUCUUCUUGGCGGAAUGGGAUCGAUGCCGGUUUACCUUUGGACUUGCCCCAUGUUUCAUUGCAAUGGAUGGUGCCUUGCUUGGGGAGUUGCCGCUCAAGGUGGUACCAAUAUCUGCCUCAGAAAAGUCUCACCCAAGGCAAUAUUUGAGAAAAUAGCUCUGCAGAAUGUGACUCACAUGGCAGCUGCACCGACUGUUUUGAACAUGAUUGUGAAUUCUCCCGUGAGCGACCGCAGGCUGCUUCCGAACAAGGUGGAUGUCUUGACUGGUGGUGCGCCACCUCCACCGCAGAUACUUGCUAAGAUGGAGGAGAUGGGAUUCCGAAUCUGUCACUUGUAUGGUCUAACUGAGACAUAUGGUCCGGGGACAUAUUGCACAUGGAAGCCAAUGUGGGAUUCUCUACCUUCUGAUGAAAGAGCAAGGAUCCGAGCACGUCAAGGCGUCCAUCAUGUUGGACUGCAGGAGGUCGACGUAAGAGAUCCCGUGACAAUGGCUGGCGUACCAGCUGAUGGCAAAACAAUGGGAGAAAUAAUGUUCAGAGGGAACACUGUGAUGAGUGGAUACUUCAAGAACCAAAAAGCAACAGAGGAAGCUUUCAGGGGAGGGUGGUUUCACAGUGGGGAUGCUGCAGUAAAACACCCUGAUCACUAUAUCGAAGUAAAGGACCGUCUGAAGGACAUAGUCAUCUCGGGCGGUGAGAAUAUAAGCACGGUCGAGGUCGAAACCAUUCUGUUUGGUCAUCCAGCAGUUCUGGAGGCUGCAGUUGUAGGUCGCCCUGAUAAUCACUGGGGAGAAACACCUUGUGCAUUCGUUACAUUGAAGGAGGGAUGUAAUAUCACUGCCCAACAGCUUAUCGAUUACUGUCGAGAUCAUUUGCCGCAUUACAUGGCUCCGCGGUCCAUAAUUUUUCAAGAUUUGCCCAAGACAUCAACUGGAAAGAUACAGAAGUUUAUACUGAGGGAUAGAGCUAAGGCUAUGGGGAGCCUUUCUUGAACUACUUUGGAAAAAAGUGAUUCUA